AUGGAAACCAACGCGCAGUUGUCGGGGAUUGCGGCUGCCCUGAACCUGCUAUUCGAGUUCCACCUAGUUGUCGACCGGCUGGAGGAUGUACGGCGGUGGAUGCUCCACAUGAGGAAGUGUCAAACGGUGGCCGCUAGCAACGUGAAGGGAAAGAAUGAAUUUUGUGAACUGAUCAACUCCAGGAUGGCGGAGAGGCACUGGAGAGAAGCGCAUUGGGCAGCAGCUGACCAAAUGGGGCGACGCCACGGCUGCAAUGCCGGUGCAGCUGCAACAACUAAUGACGUUCCCACUCCUAAAACGAUUUGGCCUUUAAAUCUUUGGGAGGCGUUGAAUUGUCCACCUAGACAGAUCGUCGAUGCGAGGAAUCAGCACUCUGCAAACUCGCUCCGGAUCUCCAUGGAGCACGAGAUCUUCAGUCGUCUCCUUGUAGGAGUGUGCCCCUCCUUUGCAUUGUAUGCGCAAGAAGCCCUCUUUGCCACUUGGCUGCAAUUGCAUAGAGGCGGGGAUAGAUAUACCAACGGCGGCGAAGAGCCUCGCCAUUAUAAUUCAAGCGGCAGGAAGUCUCGGGACGGCGGAUCUCCGUUCCGCCACCACGGGCAGGAUAGCUUCCGAAACGGAGGGGGACGCAGCAGUCCUCGUGACAGCCGUGAUGGGUUCUCAGUCGGCGGGGGAGGCGGCCGGGCCGGUGACGGCGGUGGGAGGGAAAAUCAGAGGGCCUUUGAUAGUCCUCCUAUGACCUACCCUCAACCGCUUGGUGGCGAAGGAGGCGUUGGAGGAGGGGGGUUGAGGCCGAUUGGUGACGGAAUUGUGGGGUUUCGGCCGGUAAUUGGUGGACCAACUGGUGGCGGUGAUGGAAGAGGGUUCCCACCCAUGGGUAGUGGUGGCAGGGGAGGAUUUCGUCCAAUAUCUGGUGGCAGAGGUGAUGAAUUUCAACGGAUGGGUGGCGCGGGCAUUGAUGGUGGGGAUUUCCAACCUCUUGAUGGCCCUGGUGGUGAUGGCAGAGGGUUUCGGCAGAUGGGCGGUCCUGGCGGUGAUGGUGGAGGGUUUCGAGGUGGCAGUAGUGACAGUGGAGGGUUUCGGCCUGUGGGUAGUGAUGGUGGUAGAUUUGGUUUGGAUGAGUACCGCGAGCAGAUGCCUCCUCUCACAGGCCAGAAGCGAGGGUACCCUUUUUCUGGAAGAGAGAGGUCUCCAGGUAGAGAAGGAGCUAGUUUUGCCAAACUUUUUGUAGGUUCUGUUCCAAGGACAGCCACUGAAGAUGAUGUUCGACCUCUAUUUGACAAUCAUGGACGUGUUUUAGAAGUUGCUCUGAUCAAGGAUAAGAGGACUGGACAACAACAAGGUUGCUGUUUCAUUAAGUAUGCUACUUCGGAAGAGGCUGAUAGAGCUAUUAGAGCUCUGCAUAAUCAAUAUACAUUACCUGGGGCUAUGGGUCCUAUUCAAGUCAGGUAUGCUGAUGGAGAGCGAGAACGCCUUGGUGCAACGGAGUUCAAGUUGUUUGUUGGGUCAUUGAACAGACAAGCUACCGAAAAGGAAGUUGAAGAAAUUUUCUCACCUUAUGGUAGAGUUGAAGAUGUUUAUCUGAUGCGAGAUGAAAUGAAGCAGAGCCGCGGAUGUGGAUUUGUGAAAUAUUCUCAGAGAGACAUGGCACAGGCAGCUAUUAAUGCGCUUAAUGGGACAUUCACCAUGAGAGGAUGUGACCAGCCAUUAACUGUUAGAUUUGCUGAUCCUAAGAGACCUAGACCUGGAGAUUCCAGAAGUGGUCCUUCUUUCGGUGGACCUGCUUUUGGCCCUCGUUUUCCGUCCCCUGCAAUCAGGCCUCCACUGGACCAUGGUGCGCCACUUCGCGGGCCCGUUCCUUCUAACUGGCCUCCGGUGAGCCCGCACAGCCUUGGACCGUCUGCUCAUGUUGGAAACCAAAUUCCUGCUAGUUCUGGUGAUAUGAGUUUCUCUUCUAACCCUGGUCCUCUGGGAAACCUUCCGGGCAAGGCAGAUGGUUCUCUUGCUGGACCUACUAGACCACCUCUCCAGUCACAACAGAAUUUGCCGCCGUCCGCACAAGUACAGCCUUUAAAUUCAGGGUCUUUUUCAAGCCUUCAAAGUGUACAGGGACCAUACAUGCAACCUGGAAAGGUGCAAACCCCUCAGCAGCUGCCUGGACAAAAUGGUCAAUUCUCUGUUCCCCCGACACAAGGGCCGCAGGGUAAUGCAAACCAACAAUUGCCACCACCCCAGAAGAUCCAGUCUCCAUCGCAUUUGGCUCAGAUGCUGUCGCAACAGAAACAUAAUCUGCAAGCCACGUUUCAGUCAUCACAACAAGCCUUCAAUCAGCUACAACAACAGGUGCAGCAACUACAACCAACGAACCAGAAUUUACCAGCUCAUCAGAUUUCGUGGUCUCAGCCAGUUGCAAACACGUCAGCUGGAAAUGUAACUGCAACCACACCUGCCUCAGCUACUAACUCAGCCAUCCCCACUGUUAGUUGUAAGUGGACAGAGCAUACGUCUCCUGAUGGAUACAAGUAUUACUAUAACAGCCUCACUGGUGAAAGCAAGUGGGAAAAACCUGAAGAGCUGAUACUAUAUGAGCAGCAGCAGCAACAGAAGCCGUCUAACCAACACCCACAGGUACAGACCCAUCAGAUGCAAGUACAGUUUCAAGGUCAAUACGGGCAGCUUCAAAACCAUCCCAAGCCAUUACAGCAGAGUACUCAAACCUCGUACCAGGUUACUGGGUUUUCAGCCUCACAGAGCAGUAAGGAACAUGGCUAUGGACAAAUACCGGCAGAGACAUUUCAAGUAACUAACCCCACACGAAACCAGCAGGGUAUUCAGGAGCCGCAGGAAUGGAUGUGGAAGAAUAAUAACUGA